GCAAUUUCUAUGUGUUUAUCCAUAUAUUGUAUCUAUAUAUACUAACAUCCCGAGCUGAGAAUUUGAAGAAAUUAAACUAUCUAUCUACCCACCAAACUAUUCUAUUAAGCUUCACCGCAAAAAUGGUGAACUCCGACGGCCGGCAACUGUUCCAGAGCGUGGUGGUAAUGAGGCACGGCCCCCGCCUCGAUAAUUUCGAUAAGCUCUGGGCUGCCACGGCGGACCGGCCCUGGGACCCACCACUUUACAGCCCCGGCAAGAGCCUGGCUUUCGACGCCGGGAAAAAGAUCCGGGAAGAGGUCGGAGCUCCGAUCCACAGGGUCUUCGUUUCCCCUUUCCUCCGGUGCCUUCAGACCGCGUCGGAGACUAUCAGAGCCCUCUCCGAAGAGCCCGAUAUCGCCGGCGCCGCCGGAAAUCCUCCCAAAAUCAAGGUUUCUGUUGAGUUUGGAUUGUCAGAGAUGUUGAACACAAUAGCCAUAAGACCUAAAGUGGCUCCCAAAGAUGGAGACUUCAAAUUUGUCAUCUCACAGUGUGAAACUCACUUACCACCUGGAACCAUAGACCACACUGCAGAACAAGUCUACAAAAAGCUGCCGGAGUGGCAAGAAACACAACCAGAUGCAAGGGCUAGGUACAUGGAAGUCCUUAGAGCACUUGCUGAUAAAUACCCUUCUGAGAACUUGCUGCUCAUCACGCACGGUGAGGGAGUGCUGUCUGUGGCUUCUGCAUUCAUGGAGGGUGAUAUUAAGUGGGUUGAAUACUGUGGAUAUUCACACCUGAGGAGAGCUAUUCCGGCGGCCGGCGAGAGCUGCCAGUCCUUUGCCGGUGAAGACUUCACGGCGCAGAGUGAAUUUGGGUUUACAUUCCAUGACUCGUCUGCUAAGCCCAGCCCGUCGUAGUAUAAUUAAGUGUAUAAAUUAAUAAUCAUUGCUUUUAUGUUUUUGCGUUCUUGAAGUCCCAUUAUUGAUAUGUAAUCAGUUGUCCGGCCGUUCUUUUGGCUACGAUCAUAUAUAUGUUUAAGUCCAGUUUCCGGUGUUUAAUCUCUCUAGUUUUUUAUCGAA